AUGGCUCUCACCGGACAGACGGGACGGUUGGUCGCCGAUCCCACGAUCGGUGUGGAAGAUAUCACAGGUGUGCUCAGCAAGUGGCUGAAAUCCCGAAAGACUACGGAUUUCUUCAAGGCCUUGAACUUGCCUCGCGGGCUCACCUUCAAAAAGUCCCCGAUAGGCUCCUGGAUGGCGGGUGCUGCCGACCUCUACAAAGAGCUCAUGCUCCUCGCUCCGAACGGUAUGCUCAGCCCGAAGAAGGUCAGAACAGCCUUGGCCAAAAUGAACGAGCAGGAGGAGAAAAUUAAUCACACUCGGAAAUCGGACAACGACUUCAUCGAUUUGACUGAUGAAGGCAUCAGGAUCGGGUGUGCCAUGUUCAGGUGCCUCAAGGUGGAAGCCAAGACCAAGCAGCGGUGCUUUGCUAUGAUGACAGCGGCUGAGCAAACGGCUGUGCAGGAUGUCCUCGACAUCAUGAAUUGUGGUCCCGUCCUAGAGGACGGAUCUCAGGAGUCUGUCAGCGAGCCUCCUCCGGGAAUGCUUGCUUUGACAGAUGGUGCCGCUGAUGCAAGGCCUGCAGAUGCAAGGCCUGCAGAUGCAAGGCCUGAAGAUGCAAGGCCUGCGGUUGCAAGGCCCCUGGCCUUGGAAGACGACCCUAGACCAAAGCCCAGCCUCCGUCGGCUCGACCCCAUGGCAGUCUUUGACAGAGUUCUGAGCAGAGUAAGUUCAGAAGAGGCAGAGAGCGAAGAUCUUCCUGGACCUAGUAGCAGCAGUCGGGCCCCACCUGCUGCUACAACAAGCACAAGCAGCAGCCCCAUGGACGUGCACUUCAGCUUUUUGUUGAGCCAAGCCGAAUCUGUGGAGCCCUUGGACAACAAAGCCCAGUUGAUCAUAUUCCGCAAAAACUGCCCUGAGAAGAAGGGGAAAGGGAAAGGGAAAGGGAAAGGCAAGCAGAACGGAGAGGCGAACAAGAAGAGCGAGGCGAAUCAGAAGACUGAGAAUGCGAUCCCUACUAAGUCCAGGUCUUCAGCGCCAAGCAAGGUCAAGAAGCCCAUCGAGUCCCCGGACGGCGAAGCCACCGAGAUCUCCGAAGAGAAGGAUACGAUUCCCGCAAUCAGGCACUCCAAGAAGAGCCCAGAGAUCCCUAAGAGCAAGGAGAGCCCAAAGUCUAAGCAGUCGGACCCGAAAGCCAAGGCUACCCCGAAGUCGACCCCGAAAUCGAAGGCGAGCCCAAAGUCGACACCGAAAUCCAAGGCGACCGCGAAGGCCAAAGGUGAGAAGAAGACUAAGAAGGAGAAGCCCGAGUUGCACAACACUAAGGUGAAGCCUGAGCCUGAGUCUGCGGUGAAGGCCGAGGAGUUCCCCGAGGAUGAGCAUGAUGGUGUAGAGAAGAAGAAGAUGAAGAUGGACAGAACAGCCAUCCGGAAACGAGUGGUCUCCAAAGCCUACCACAACGAGAGAGAUCGGCAAAUGAAGGCGGGUCUUGAGAAGGAGGCGGCUUCCGAACUUGGUCGUGCUGCUGCCAAACGUGCAGGUGAUCAGUUUGACUCGGAGAAUCCCAAGGAGAAGAGGGCCAAAUUGAAGCUCAAGGACAUGGAGGGAGAGGAUGACUCUGAGUGUCCUGCUGAUGCUGCUAACCCCGAGGGUGCUGACAAGGCCGACGGUGUGCACGAUAAUUCAACCAUGUCGCGAGUUUUUCUGAAGUAUGUGGACAACACUUGCACGACCAAUAUUCUUGGCUAUCAGCUGCGAAGUCGAGGCUGGGUCUUUGAGAACAUACAGCUGGUGAGAAGCGGUCGUAUGCAAGAUGCAAGGUUUUGCAAUGCUUAUGUGGGUGUCUGGGACGACGAUUAUGCUGCAUAUAUGGCAUUGGAGCUGAACAAUGCUUUUAUUCCUGGUGUUGGCACGGUGCAGGCUGAGGUCGCCAGGCCAAGGAAUAAUGCAACGGCUGGUACAUCGAGCAAAGCUUCGCCUGCUGCAGUACCAUCGGUCAAGGCUUCGCCUGCUGCAGUACCAUUAGUCAAGGCUUCGCCUGCUGCAGUACCAUUGGUUCCGAGACCUCCGAAGUGUCCUCCACCUGCUCAUUUGCUUCCGGCUGCGAAGGUACAAGCUGCUCCAAUGCCAAUGGGAACCCCUCCGAUGGUGGAGGUGACAGCAGCUGGUACAAUGGAAAAUCCUCCGACGGUGGAGGUGCCAACAGCUGCAGCUGUUUCAAUGGAAGCCCCUCCGAUGGUGGAGGGUGAUGGCUCAACUGCUGCAGUUGCUUCAAUGGAAGCCCCUCCGAUGGUGGAGGGUGAUGGCUAUGAUGAGGAGGAGAUUGGAGAUGAGGAGCUGCAGAGGUUCAAGCAGCUGUUCCUCCACGAGCUCAUCGCGAUCGCGGACACGGCGGCGGAGAUCGAGAUCACGGCGGAGGAGGAGUUCUUCGCCUCUCCCACCGGCUGCCCGGCAGCGACUCUGAGAGUGACUUUGAGCGAGACAGAAACCAUGAGAGAGAAAGAAGGGAGCAAAGAGUAA